ACCAAGUGUCUGUCCGCUGCAGAUCUUCCUGCAUUUCGCUGUAAUUUUCUAAUGCUCUACUGCUCGAUGUCAGAGUCCUCACUGCAUCAAUGACUUCCCCACCAUCGAGGUAUUGCUGCCCGCAGAGUGCACCCUUCCUCGGGCGAAACAGAUGGAAGUCAGAUUCUGCGAGAUCCGCGCUAUAGGAAGAACGAUGCAAUGAAGUUCUGUGAGCAUCUCUCGGGCGGUGGACGACUGUGCCGGCACUACCAACACAGACGUCCACUUGAGCAGCGAGGUGUUUGAUGGUUGUUCCGUCCAUCACUUCGAAUCAGACUGUCCGCACGUUCCAUAAUUGCCUGGAGUCACAGCAGCGUGUGGCCGGCCGGUACCUAGGAGACCGGACAGUUCUGCGCGGCCUAGUGGCCAUGAAGUUGGAAGCCUCGCCCAACGACUCGCCGUGCUUUUGUUCACUGCCAGGUGUCGUCCUGCAAGCGCCUCUGAACGCCUGCGGCGCUCUCGUUUUCCGCCAGAAGCAGCUCCAUGACAAUUUGAAGGCCACGCCGCCCAACGACUCGCCGUGCUUUUGUUCACUGCCAGGUGACGUCCUGCAAGCACCUCUGAACACCUGCGACGCUCUGGUUUUCCGCCGAAAGCAGCUCCACGACAAUUUGAAGGCCACGUAUGGCGCCGCCACCUAUCGCAAGUUUAUAAAACUGUACGGACUGACGGCGCCGUCAGGGAUUUUCUCUGCCUUGUGAUGACUGGGUGUUGUGUGCUGUCCUUAGGUUAGUUAGGGUUAAGUAGUUCUAAGUUCUAGGGGACUGAUG